ACCAGGCGCCCGCUAGAGGCGGAGGUUGACGGCUCUCUUACACGUUGGUGUGUUGAUUAGCUGCUGACGGCUCAUUAUCGGUAUCGAGCGGGCGGCUGGACUGAAAUAAAAAUGUCUGUCACAGAGAUGUUCAGCUACAUCCAGGGCUUCCUGAGCGCAGACCAGGACGUCAGAGAGGAUAUUCGUAAGGUGGUCCAAACCUUGGAGCAGACCGCCAGGGAAAUACUAACAGUACUACAGAGUGUUCACCAACCAAGUGGAUUCAAAGAAAUUCCAAACAAAUGUGCAAAGGCGCGGGAGCUGUUCUGCACAGUCAGGACACAAAUUGCAGAGCUCAAAACAAAAUUUCCCGUGGAGCAGUAUUAUAGAUUCCAUGAACACUGGCGGUUUGUCCUGCAGCGUUUGGCUUUCUUAGCAGCGUUUGUUGUCUACCUGGAGAGUGAAAGUCUUGUGACUCGGGAAGAAGUGGCACAGAUACUCGGGAUCGAAGUGGUGCGAGAGAAGGGCUUCCACCUCGAUGUAGAGGACUACCUGGCAGGCGUGCUGAUUAUGGCAAGCGAACUGUCGCGGUUGGCGGUAAACAGCGUCACAGCAGGAGACUACAACCGGCCGCUCCGCAUCUCCAACUUCAUCAACGAGCUGGACUCUGGCUUCCGUCUGCUUAACUUGAAGAAUGACCCGCUGAGGAAGCGCUACGACGGCCUCAAGUACGACGUGAAGAAGAUUGAAGAGGUGGUUUAUGACCUGUCGAUCCGCGGCCUGGCCAAGGAACCCGAAGCCGCUGGUGAGAAGUAGAGUGGCGAGGGUGUGAUUGGCUGUAGGAGGAGGAGGAGGGGGGCGCGGUAGCCGCCCUCCGAGCUGGGACCUCUCCACGGCUGCUGCAGAUUGGAGACCUUACACCACCUGGAAUGCAAGAGCCAGGGAUCUGCCUGAGGCCCCAGCAGCCGAGGACAGACUGUUCAAGUGUGUGUGUGUGUGUGUGUGUGCGUGUUUAUGAGCGUAUAUCUGUGCGAAUGGAUGCAUGAGAAGUGCGUCUGAUGGAAGGCAGUCUGUCAGAAGGAUAGCAGAAACGGUGACACCCUCGGUCAGAUUGCAAUCAAUGGUUUGAUUUGUUGCUGGUUUUCAUCUGAUUCCUGGUCGACUGAGCUGGUUUUUGCAGCUGUUCAUUCUAACUUGCAACAGUCAUUUUUUUUUUUUUUAUUAUUAUUUCUUUACAGUGUAUUGAUGUUUAUUUGUUUAAGAAGACAGAGAUUGCUCGGAGUAAAAUGCUCCAGCCAGCUUGUUUUUCUGUGGUUGUUUGUAUGCAUUUAUGCUAGUUGUUGUUUACCAGCUGAUUUGAUGCCCAGUGUUUCUUAGGACUCUGACUUAUUGUUAAAAAAAAAAAAUCAUCCAGGAGCCUCAUUUAUAAAGAAGGUGGUUGAUGCAACUUUCAGGUAUUAAAUCUAAAAUCUGUAAACACAGUAACAGAUUUAUACAUUUUAAAGCAUUUUAACUCAGAAGCUUUUGGAUUUCCAUCACUUGCAUUUAUAAAAGAGGCUCGAGGAGAGGAGGAGCCAAAGAUGCACUUCACACGACACAAAGCUACUGUGAUUAGUCAGGUAGGUUUUUUGUUUUCCUCCAUACAGUAAGGAACCCUUGUGGAUCAGUGCCAAUGAGCGUGUGUGAUUAGCAAAUACAGAAGAGUCAGAAUGUCUCAAAAUGCAUGUUCUGAAGUUUGUUGUCAUUUCUUGGUUUUCACAAACAUCUUGAAGGUUUGUUUUUGUUGUGGGCAUCCAUGCUUCAGUUUGCUUCAAUACUUUCAUGUUGCUGGAUGGUAUUUUAUAGAAAAUUUGUGAUUUUGUUUCUGAUAAAUUGAUCCCACUUG